CACCGUCGCCGUCUCAUGUUUACGUGGAAAACAUGGCGGCGGGCUGCCAACAAGCAGAGCGAGUUCGCGCUGCCCGUCUGUGAGGGCGGGCUGCGAGCUCGCGGAGCGCCGUUCGGGUCUCGUUCAUGUGGGUUUGGUCUGAAGCGGGUUCUCUCUGGUUCUAGCCGCCGGGGCCGCGAGCAUGGAGGACGAGGAGCGGCAGAAGAAGCUGGAGGCGGGCAAAGCCAAGCUGGCAGAGUACCGUCAAAGAAAAGCUCACGCAGACUCCCAGAAGAAGCAGAAGAAGAAGAAGAAGAAGAAAGCAGAUGAAGACUCUGGAGGAGAUUCCCAGGGGAGGGUGGAGGACGAGCUGGAGCGGUCUGUGGAGGGACAGGAAGUCAGAGGAGGAGGUGAACCCACCGCAGAGUUUUCCUUCACCAAGACCCUGAGGAGCGGAGAGACGGUCCGGCAUGACCAGACCUACAAGAUAGAGCCAGAAAGUGAGGUUUCCACCACAGCUGAAGAUUAUUCCUCAGAGGUAAAUGGAUGCCAGAAUGAGAUGGUAGAACAUCUAGAGUCGUCUCCAGUGGACUUGAACUGGGAGGAGGCGGAGUACAUGCAGCAGCUGACGGAGGGACAGGCGCUGGGGAACAUGGAGGAUGCAGCGAGAACGCAGGCGGAGGCGGAGCCAACUCCAGAGCUGGACGGCCUCAAAGCUGCCUUUGAAACUGAAGGAGUGCAGCAGCUGCAGGACUUUGAAGCCGCUCUGAAGCAACGGGAUGGAAUCAUCACUCAGCUCACGUCCAACCUUCAGCAGGCUCGAGAGGAGAAAGACGAGAUCAUGAAGGAGUUCUUGGCUCUGACGGAUGAAAGUAAAAAGCUUCACCUUCAGUUCCAGCAGCUGCAGGCAGGUGAGACGCUGAGGAACAGCAGCCAUAGCAGCACCGCGGCCGACCUGUUCCAGGCCCGGCAGCAGCUGCUUCAGAACCAGCAGCAGCUGGAGGAGCGGGUUCUAGAGGUCCGGAAACAUCAGGACAGGAGCAGGGAGCAGCUGGAGCUCAUCAGCCAGCUUGAGCACAAGCUCAGCCAGGCGGAGAUGACAGGAAGGAGAUCCGAGGAAUCCUUCUUACAGAAGAUGGAGGAAAAGGAGCUUCUGAUUGCAGAACAAGAAAAGGUCCUUCUGAGUCAGAAGCAGUGGAUGGAGGAGCUGAGAGCAGAAAAGGAGUCCUUUGCACAAACACUAAGCGAAAAGAGUCGCCUGAUUUUGGAGCAAAGUGCAAUAAUUGCAGAGCAUGAGCGCUCGUUGGCCCUGCUCAGGGAGGAGCUGUCCCACGCUGGAAGGUCUGCAGAUCAUGAUGCUGUUCUUCUGUCAGAAGGUAAAGAGCUUAGGAUAGCAGAUCUUCAGAGAGUCGUUGCAGAACGGGAUCAUUUGGUGACUCAGCUGCAGGAGGAGCUUCAGACAUCUGGAAAACGCCAGUGUGACCUCCAGGAGAGAAUGGCUGCUAAAGAAUCGGAGCUGAAGCUGUGCCUGCAGGAGCUGGAAGAUACAACAUCUAAGCUGGUCGCUUGUCAGAGCCAUGUGGAGAGCUGCAAACUGCAACUGGAAAAAGGACAGAUGGAGCUGCUAAGCUGCAAGAGUGAACUCGCGGCUUCCAAAGAGAAGGAGCGAAAGUCCUCCGGUGAAAUCAUGCAGCUGAUGGGCACGGUGGAAGAUCUGCAGAAACGCUGCCAUCAGGGCGGCGUGUCUGACAGCCACUCUAUCCAGAAGGUGCAGGAGGAGAAGGUGAAGAGCCUGGAGCUCCUCAGGGCGGAGCUGGACGAGCAGUACGGUCAGCAGAUAGUGCAGAUGAAGCAGGAGGUCAAUCUGCAGCAUGCUGCCAGAGUGCAGCAGAUGGUUGAGGAACAUCAGGCUGAGAUUGAGCUUCUGAAAGCGCAGCAGCUGUCCUCAAGGUCCACUGACAUCCAUGCAGAGGUGGAGAGCCUGAAUGCUCAGAUUAAGGAGCUGAAGGAGACUCUGGAGCGGUCUCAAAUGAUGCACAAUCAAACCUCACUGGAGCUGAGCCACGUCCUCCAGGAGAGGUUCAAGCUGCAAGCCCAGGUCCAGGAUCUUCUGAGAGACAGAGAUGCAGCUGAGGCCAAGGUGGAGCAGGUCUCCCAUCAGAUCGUUUCUCAGGAAAGGAAACAGCUGCUGCAGCUGCAGGAGACCACCCGGAGCCUGAGGAGCGAGCUCUCUGCUGCUCAGGAGGCCACACAGGAGGCAGAAGCCAAGCACGAAUCAGAAAUCACCAAUUACAAGAUCAAGCUGGAGAUGCUGGAACGGGAGAAGGACGCCGUUCUGGACCGCAUGGCAGAGUCCCAGGAAGCAGAACUGGAACGACUGAGAACCCAGCUUCUGUUCAGCCACGAGGAGGAGCUGACCAACCUCAGGGAAGGACUUCAAAGAGAGAACUUCCUCAACACCGAGAACCUCCUCAAUGAAGCUGCAGUGAAACACCGGGCGGCUUUAGAGGAGCUGGGCAGAACUCAUGCAGAAGAUAUGCUUUUGUUACAGCAGGAGAAGGAAAGCUUUGCUGUGGAGCGAGUUGAACUUCUGCACCAGAUCCUGGCUCUCAAAGAGGACCUGAAGCUGGCCCUGCAUAGCUCCAAAGCAGAUGAUCUGGUGCUGCAGCUGCAGGAGCUUCAGCUGGAGCUGGAGGAGCUGAGAAAGCGAGCGCAGGAGCGCGCUCAGCUGCAGCAGGAGGUUCAGACGUUACUGACAAAGAUGGAGAUGCUUGAAAACCAGACCAAAGACCGAGAAGCUUUUUGGGAAAACAAACUUCACGUUCUUGAGUCAGAAAAGGAGACUUUGAUUGAAGAGCUGCAGGUGAAACGGAGAAGAGUGGAGGCUCUGACAGCCGAGAACGCUCAGAUGCAGCAGCAAGCCGCCGAGCUGCGAGAAGAAGUGGAAAAGCAGAAGACCACCUUCUCCUUUGCAGAGAAGAACUUUGAGGUCAACUAUCAGGAGCUGAAGGAGGAGUACACCUGCCUCAUCCAGACCAAGACUCUCCUGGAGGAGAGGACUCGGAGGGAGACGCUGGAGUUCGAGGCGAGAAUCGCUCUCCUUCAGUCCCAAAUCCAGGAGCUGCAGAGGAGCAGCAGAGAUGGUCCGGAGGAAGCCCAGACUGAAAAAUACUCUUCUGAACUGAUGGAGAAGCUGCAUGUCACUUUAAAUGAGAAGAGGAGCCUGGAAGAACGGCUCAGGGAGGUCUCUGAGCAGUUCAUGUCUGCACAGAGGACAGUGCAGCAGCUGCAGGAGGAGCUGAAGAACUCGGCAGAAGAAAAUGUAAAGGUCAUCAAGCAAAAUGAAAGCCUGCAGGAAGAGAUGAGGAGGAAACAGCUGAGAGGGAAGGAGGAAGAGCAGAGCGCUGAGAGCCAGGCUGCUGAGGAUCUUCAUCCACACGUCCAACCUCUGCAGGAGGAGACAGAGAGUCUCCAAGAGAGGGACCGCCUCCAGCCGGAGCUCCACAGGCUUUCCCAGACUCCAUCUCCGGCUCCGCUCCCCUCAGAGGAGGGACCUGUUGAAGGACGGCCCCCCCCACACAAGCCCGCGGGCGGCGGGUCGAACCGCCGCAAAAGACGGCAGAGGUCCAAGCAGGAGCGCAGAACAGCUCCUCCACAGAGGGAGGAGGAGAACACGAUGGAGGAGGACGGAGCAGCAGGAGCUGCAGGGAGGGCCGGCAAGGAGGACCUGACUGACGGGUACCAGGGAGACGGCGUCAGCGCAGCGGUGAGCAGUCAGGUGGGGGAUGGGCAGAGACCUUCACCUCAGUCUCACCGAGCACAAAUAGAAAGAGAGACCCUUCGUCAUGGGGAGUGCAGGCUGCAGAUGGAGGCGCAGCGCCUCAGCCUGUCGCAGAUCCACGCCGCACAGCUGGAGCUCCUGCAGGAGGAGAGCGGCGCCCACGUGGGAGGUCGAGGCGACCUCGAGGAACCACAAGUCUGCAGAUACCAGAAUCUAAUCCAAGCUGUUACUGAUGACAGCAACCAGAUCCUCCAGGCUUUUCAGAAUGUUUUUGGUGAAGAUCUUUUGGAGAGGGUUGACACAGAGACCCCGACACUCCGUCUGGAGGAAAGACCAGAGACCAAGGAGUCGGCCUCCAUCGUCCUGGAAGCUCGAGAACUCUGCAGAACUCUUCUGCAGGUGAAGGAGAACAUCGAGGUGGAGCUCCGCCGGCUUUCACGGCUUCAGGCUCGGAUGAAAGCCGAAGAAAACCAGAUUACAGCCGAUGAUGACCUGAAAACCAGCAGGGAAAAGGAAAUCCCUGAGCUGUGCAGGCGGGUGGUGACCUCCGGUCUCUCUGCCAGCACAGAUCUGGAGGAGCAGACCGCGUCCUCCUUCCUCUCGCUGGAACUGCAGCGGUUGAAGGCUGAAGCUCAGGAGAAGCAGCUCCAGCUGGAGGAGCAUCACCGGCUGGACGUGGAGCGCCUCAGAUCCCACUACCAGCAGCAAGCUGCCGAGACGGAGGAGCGCUACGCCACGGAGCUCUUCAUGCUGCAGCGACGUCUGCAGGAGGUCACCGCGGCGGACGCCUAUGCCGGAGCUUCAGAGUCCAGUUUGAGGACGGAGAACAUGGAAGUCCUAAAGGAUCUGUGUGGUGAGGAGCUGUCGGAGGCAGAGCUGCUUGGGCUCAGCGGAUCCUCUGGACUAACGGGACAGUUGCAGACUCUGAGGAGAGCGCUCUACCAUAAGUACGUCCAGGAAGUGGCCGCUCUGAAAGAGCAGCACAGCAGUGAGCUCAGAAGACUUCGAGAAGAACAGAGGAGCAAAAGGCGGGACCUCAACGGGGUGGUGGUCGGUUCUGGAGGCUCUGAGAGCCUGGCUGUGGUCAACCAUCUCCCUGAGGAGGAGGAGGAGCUGCACCAGCAUAGACUAGAGGAGGAGGUUGCAAAGGCCAUCGUUCAGAUGUCAGUGGAGUUCGCACAGAAGACGGAGCUGACUCGAAUCAAGAAACAGGUCGACCAGACAAACAGCUCCAUGCAGACUCAGCUGAACGAGGAAGAUCAGGAGAUGGAGGAGGAGCAGACGCCCAGAGCUUCCCCUUCUGCCCCUGACUGGCUGGAGGAGGCGGACCGGGAGAGACUGGAGCAGGAGCUCAAGGACAAGAACGCGGAGAUCCAGAGGCUGAAGGAGGAGCUGCAGAACGCUGGACGAGGAGCCAAACAGCCUCUGAUGAAGACGGAGGAUGACGAAGGACACGCUGAGGAGGAGGUUGAUGGUACGACUCCGGCUGCUGGAGCUGAGGGCGAGUCUUCUGAUGGAGGCGCUGACAGAUAUCUGCUGCGGCUCAACCAGAAGCUGAGCCAGGAGCUGCUGGACGUCCUGAAGACCACGGCUGCUGCAGAGGAAACCAUCCAGCUCCACGUGCAAAGCCUGAGCGGCGUCCCCGGCGAGCCGCUGACACCCUUCUCCUCCGUCCAGAGAGGAACCUGGAACCGGGCGAGCUCGGACCCGGCUGAACGCGGCACCGCGGAAAGUCCCCGAGGCAGUGAGGGUGGAGCGCAGGACGUCUGGUCCGGAGCGCCGGAGGACAAAGGUCUGGAGGUGUCCCCCCAGGUGACGGGCAGCCUCGUCUUUGCCGCGGCACCGCAGAACCAGGAGGGCCUGAUGAGCACCAGCAGCCGCCUGCAGGCCGCUUUGGAGAAGAUGCUGAUGGUCAUCACGGACACAACCAACCAGCUGGAACACGCUCGGAUGACCCAGACGGAGUUGAUGCGGGAGUCCUUCCGCCACAACCAGGAGAUCGGCGAGCUCCUGGAGAAGCAGGAGGAGCUGCAGGAGAGGCUGUCUGAGGAGGCGCGGGCCCGGGAGCAGCUGGCUGUGGAGCUGCAGCGGGCGGAAGGUCUGAUCGACGGCUACUCGGAUGAACGGGCCUCCCUGGAGGAGCAGUUACGACAGAAGGAGGAGCUCCAGAGGAGCCUGGAGGAGGAGCUGCAGCUCACCAGCUCCCAGCUUCAGGAGCUGGAGCGAGAGCGGCUUCAGCUGCAGGGCGAACGCGAACUUCUGUCACGCCAACAAGACGCCAUGAGAGAGGAGGCGGGGCCACGGGAGCUGUGCCUAGUUGAAGCUGCAAUGGUUGCCGCGCCUGAAGAAGACCUGCUGGAGGAGACGGAGAAGCUCAUGAAGGAGAAGGUGGAGGUCCAGCGGCAGGCGGAGAAGGAGAACACUGACCUCCUGAAGCAGGUGAAGCUGCUGGAGGCGGAGCUGGAGGAGCAGGUCAACAGGACGCUGGAGCUGGAGCGCGCUCAGACGGAAGAAGGCAGCGACCUCCGGCAGCAGGUCCAGGCCCUGGAGAAACAGCUGGAGAAGACCAGGAAGUUUCUGGAUGAACAAGCGGUGGACCGCGAACACGAGCGGGACGUUUUCCAGCAGGAGAUCCAGAAACUGGAGCAGCAGCUGAGAAGUCCGCAGAAACUUCAAACGGGUUCUGAGCAACGGAACCGAGAGGUGGAGCAGCUGACCUCGCAGCUGAAGGAGAAGGCGGAUUGGUGCAGCGAGCUGCUGCUCAGCGGCGAGCAGCUGCGUCGGGAGCUGGGGGAGCGCGACGAGGAGGUGGACAAGCUGGAGAGCCGCAUCCGCGAGCUGGAACAGGCCCUGCUGGCCAGUGCAGAGACCCUCCAGCAGGUUGAACACAAAAAGCAUCAUGACCCCCCCAGCCAGACCAGACCCCCCCCUCUGGAGGCUCAGCUGCAGACGGAGAGAGAAGCUGUGGAGCGCAAAGAAAAGGAGAUCUGUAACCUGGAGGAGCAGCUGGAGCAGUUCAAGGAGGAGCUGGAGAACAAGAGUGAGGAGGUGCAGCAGCUCCACAUGCAGCUGGAGAUCCAGAGGAAGGAGAUGAGCAGCCAGCAGCAGCACCAGCAAACCAGGGAGAGCAUGCUGCAGGUGAUGGAGCAGAAGGACAAGCAGAUAGAGCUCCUUAAUGAUCAGAUCUCUAAACUUCAACACACGGGGAGCUUCUGUGAGAACCAGGAAGUGGAUGAGAGGGAGGAGCUGCUGAAGGAGCUGGAGUCUCAGGUGGAGUACCUGCGGAGCGAGCAGGAGCGUCUGAAAAGAAGCAAUGAAGAAGAGCUGGAGCAGCUGAACGAGGUCAUUGAGAAGCUGCAACAGGAACUCGCCAACAUCGAGCCAAAAACGGCUGCAGAGGAAGACGAAGAGCUGAAGAAGGAACCGGGCGGAGACGUGUGGGCACCGAGUGAGGAAGAAUACGAUGAGAUGAAGCAGAGGAAAGACCACGCCACCAAGGAGCUGGACGCUCUGAGGGCGCAGCACGGGAAGCUGCUGGACACGUACCUGCGCUUGAAGGACGGCGCCGAAGCUUUGGCUGAAACGGAAAACCUGGCAAAUGCAGAAGAUGAGCUGCAAGACGCUCUCCGAGAGAAAACGGCCGGCCUGCUGGUGCUGCAGGCUCAGGUCCACGCUCUGGAGCAGAGUGCAGCCUCCAGGGUGGAGGAGCUGGAAGACCUCCUCCAGAGGAGGAACUCUGAGGUGGAAGCCCUGCAGCUGGUGGUGGAGCAGACUCAAAGCUGGGCCCAGGACCUCCAGCAGAAGGUCUCUGAUCUGGAGGACAGGCUGAGGGAGAAGGUGGCAGAAGCUCUGGUCAGCCAGGCCACUCUGGAGGCUUUCCAGCAGCACCAGCAGGAGGAGACGCCCGCAGAGGAGCUGCAGAGGAGCACCCACAUGCUCGCCCUCCAGCUGCCCAGCCUCCCCCCACUGGGAUUCAGCGGACCACACCAAGCACCGCAGAUGCCCACGGGGAAGCUGGCCCGUCUGACGCAGAAGCUCCUGGACCUGGAGGAGGGACUCGGCGCCAUGCAGAAGGACCAGGAGCUCCAGAAGGAGCUGCUCUCCAGCUCCGAGGAGGAGGUCGACCAGUACGAGAGGAGGCUGGGCGAGCUGAUGGACCUGCUGAGUCAGAUGACCCGCCGGAGGACAUCUGCAGAGACCCCCUCUGACGAUCAGCCACCUCCAUCCGACCUCCUGCAGGAGCUUCAGGAGGUCAAGUCGGAGGCUUCAGCCGCCACAGACGAGCUGGAGAAGUACACGGAGGUGUGCAGGAGGCUGGAGCAGGACCUCCGAGAAAAGUCUUCUACAAUCCAAACUCUGCAGGUCCAAAUUCAGCAGAGCGGCUCACAGUCUGCAGAGCCUGGAGUCUGUGAGCGGAAGCUGCUGGAAGCAGAAGCAGAAGCCGCCGCCGCCAAAGAAGAGCUGAGCAGCAGCAGAGAACGUCUGGAGAAGCUGCAGGAGCUGCUGCAGGAGCGAGAAAUGACCAUCGCUCACCUGAAAGGAGAACUUCUCCAGGUGAAAGCCUCGGGAGACGCCGCUGACACCGCGAAGCUCUUCCAGGAGCUUCAGGAGGUCAAAACGCAGGCGGCGUCCAGCAGAGAAGAGCUGAGCUUUUACCGGACGCACAGCGAGAAGCUUCAGGAGGACCUCAGAGCCACGGAGGCUUCUGCUGCCAGGCUCGGCGAGGAGCUCCAGGAGCUGAGGAGGAACGUGAACGCCACCAAAGAGGAACUCAGCGGCUGCAGGCUGAGGAACCAGACGCUGCUGGAGGACCUUCACAGCCGAGAGACGUCCAUUUCCAGUCUGAAGGAGCAGCUCCAGGAGGCGCAAACAGCUUUGAUGAAGACCACAGGGUCUGGCUCUCUGUCCCUCUCCCCAUCUCCUCAGCCUAGCUCCUCCUCCUCCUCCUCCUCCUCUCAGCCCAAAAGAAAAGGAGGCAAACAGCUGGCUGGGAAGGUCAGCAGCACCAAAGACAAGCUCUCAGCCACCAGGAAGAACUCUGCUGCUUCCAGCACGCCGUCCGCCAAAUCCCCCAGCCCUCAGCCAAGAACCUGCUCAGAGGAGCAGCCCUCCACCGCCGUGACCUCCUUCACCCAGACUGAAGCUCUGCCCGCUCCUGAGCCCAGGGCAGCUGCCACGGAGGAGGUGGAGGAGGUGAUCGGACAGUUCCAGGAGAAGAUCGACCAGAUGCAGGAGCUCCACGCCGCAGAAAUCCUGGACAUGGAGGCGCGGCACAUCGCCGAGAGCGAGAACCUGCGCAGGGACCUGCAGGCACUGGAGGCCGAGUGCAAAGCUCUGAAAGCUGUGAUUGACGAGCUGCGCUCUGCCCAGGCUCCGGCUUCACGGCAGGACCGCCCCGCUUCACUGUUCAAAGACGGGUACACCAGCGCAGACAGCAGCUCUGACUACAGCCAGAGGACGGGCUUGGGGCUCCUGCAGCAGGAGCUCAGGACCACCCCAGAGGGGGCCGGGAGGGAGGCUGAAGACCCGCUGCCGGACAGGAUUAAGUCCUUGAUCCGUGAGGUCCACCAGGAGGGCAUGCAGGUCCUGUCCCUGUCCGAGCUGCCCCUGUCUGAGGGCCAAGCAGCACGCCACGGCGGCGUUCCAGGCUGGCAGAAAGAGAGGGACGCCGUCCUGGCCACGCUGGAGUCCUUCAAAGCCGUCGUCGCUCAGGCGCAGAUGGCGAGCGGCGCAGACUGGCGAGCGGACCUGCUGGACGCAGUGAGGCAGGUGUUUGAGAGGCAGAGGAGCGUGCUGAAGAGCGCCUGGUUCAGCCAGCUGGGUCUGCUGGACACCAGUGACGCCGUCGUCCAUCUGAACCAGCUGGAGCUCAGACUGGAUGAACAGGACGCGCGGCACAGAGACGCCAUGGCGGCCCUCCUCACCGCAGAAAGAGCCAGUCUGCUGUCGGAGAUUCAGCAGCUUCAGAGUCGGCUGCAGCAGGAGGAGGGAGGAGCAGGCGGAGGAGCAGGCGGAGGAGCAGGCGGGCCGCGGCCGGAGGAGCUGCAGGCUGAACUGUGCCAGACCAGACUGGAGCUGGAGGCGGAGCUUAAGGUCCAGCAGAAACACCUGAGGGAGCUGGAGGGACUCAGGGCGGAGGUGUCGCAGAGAGCUGCAGAGGUGGAGGAGCUGAAUGAGCAGCUGAUGGACGAGAGGAAGAGGAGCAGAGACCUUCAGUGGGCCGUGGAGAAGGAGAAAUGCAGGACCGAGAGGAGCGAGGAGAACAAACGGGAGGAGGUGGAGGACCUGCAGCUGAGCCUGGAGGAUCUGAGGAGCCGUGUGCUCCAGCUGACUGGGAGCCUGGAGAAGCAGCAGCAGACCUCCUCGACUCUGCAGCAGCAGGCCGAGCAGGAGCGCCUGCGCCUGCGCAGACGGCUGCAGGAGCUGCAGGUGCAGCUGGACACCGAAAGAGCCAAAGCCGAGGAGCUGACCUCUGCGCUGGGGAGGGAAAGGGAGCUGCGCAUCACAACCUCCUCUGACCCCAACGCGGAGGAGGCGCAGGAGAGGCUGCAGAGAGAGCUGGAUGAGAAACAUGCGCAGGUGGUAAAUCUGCUCACCCAGGUGGAGGUCCAGAGGCUGGAGGUGGUGCAGAAAGAGGAGGAGCUUACUUUGGCCAAUCGGAGGUCACAGCAGAGUCAGGAGGCACGGCGAGAAGCUCGGGUCCAGCUGGAGAGGCUGGAGGCUGAGCUGACUGAGGUCCAGGAGCAGCUGAGGACGCAGCAGGACAGCAGGAGGACUCUGGAGGUCCAGAAGGAGGCGCUAGAGGAGAGGCUGAGCAGCUUUGAACAACGGCCUGGAGGUGGAGACUCCACCGACCGAACCCAGGACUGGGUCAUCCACCAGAGGAGUGAGAACGCGCCGCCUGGAACCGAGCCGUCUCCUCGCGCUGAGGUCCCUCCAGCUGACUGCACCAACGGGGCGGGUCACCUGAGCGCCCCGCACCACGGCCCGUGGCGAACCGUCGACAAGAUAGUCGGAAAACUACACCUGGUUUCUUCAAAGAUCCGCAACCUGGCCAGAAGAAACACGGGCGGGCUUUCUGCAGAGGUGGACGCUGACGAGUUGUCAUGGAUACAGUCAAACGUCGACGAGGUGGUCGUCCUGCUGCAGCGGACCCCCGGCCUGCCCUCCUUCCCAGAGAACCCGUCCCUGCUGGCAGCAGGAACCUCCAGCUCCUCCAACUCCCUGACGGAGCGCCUGCUGAGGCAGAACGCCGAGCUGACCGGCUUCGUCAGCCGCCUGACGGAGGAGAAGAACGAUCUGAGGAACCGCACGCUGAGGCUGGAGGAGGAGCUCCGCCGCUACCGGCAGGCGGGGCUCGGACCGGGCUUCGGCUCCAGCAGGAGAGCGGAGCCGUCCGGAUCCGUUCUUUCCCAGGAGCGGGAAGUUUGGGCUCAGGAGAAGAUCCGUCUGGAGAAAGCGCUGCUGCUGGCUCAGGCGCAGAAUUCCCGCCUGCGAGGAGAAAUCCGGUCCAACGCCGUCCAGGAGAUAACCGGACCGGAGGCCGACAGCGCCGCCCUGAAGAGGAUGUACGGCCGCUACCUGAGGGCGGAGAGCUUCCGCAAAGCUCUGGUCUACCAGAAGAAGUACCUGCUGCUGCUGCUGGGGGGCUUCCAGGAGUGCGAGGAGGCCACGCUCUUCCUGCUGACCCGAAUGGGGGGCCGGCCCGCGCUGGAGCCCCUCAGCAAGCGGCGCCAAGGGCUGACCCGCUUCCGCUCCGCGGCCCGGGUCGCCAUCGCUCUGUCCAGGAUGCGCUUCCUGGUGAAGCGAUGGCACCGCGCCGCUGGGAUGAACUCCGCCCCCUCCACCAAGAAUGGAGCAGGCAUAGAAGUGAGGGAGUCGUCCUUCCUCCACCCCGCCGCGGCUGACCUACACAGAGAGAGAGGAGGGGGGGAGGGCGUGUCCGGCGGCAGGGGGAGAAGCGGCUCUCCUCGCUCGGGGGCGUCCUCCUCCCAUCCCAGGCUGCACGCCGCCUCGGACCCAGCGGCGCUCACCUGCUCCCACCUGCAGGGCUACGACCCCGACCGGGCGCUCACAGACUACAUCUCCAGACUGGAAGCGCUGCAGAGGAGGCUGGGCAGCGUGGCGUCCGGCUCCUCCUCAUACGCGCAGACGCACUGCGGCCUGAGGAGAUAGACGCCGGCGAGCGGCGCCGCUGCGAUCUUCUCACGUGGACCAAAACGCCGAUGGCGGUGAACAAACUGUGGCUUUAGUGGGCGGGGCUUGAAAAUCAGCUGUUUGUAAUCUUUUUGCCUCUUUGUGGACGACAUGCAACGGUGUACAUUUGUUAGAAGCUAAUUUAAACUGUCAUUAAUUUAUACGUGUGGAGAACACGUGGAGAACACGUGGAGAACACGUGGAGAACACGUGGAGAACACGUGGAGAACACGUGGAGAACACGUGGAGGACACGUGGAGGACACGGCUGCUGCAGGAGCGUCUACACUACACUGUGCUUUUGUUAAGGAACCGCAGGAGAAUUUGUAGAGAAGGUAUUUUUGUAAAGCGGAGCAGCUUUGAAUUUUUGGGGUAUUUUGUCAGAAACAUAAAUAAAGAUGAAAAUCAUUUCCA